UCUGUUUCUCUUUCACUCUCUCACAUCCCCUGUAACCAAUUCAAACAACUCCAUUUUUGCUCAUUCUCUGUAGAAAAUAUAGAGCAAUCUCUGAAUCUACGGAAUGGCAGAAGGCUGCGCCAGGAAGCUCAUCGUGCAAGUCUGCAACGCCAAGAAUCUAAUGCCCAAAGACGGCCAAGGGACGGCGAGCGCGUAUGCGAUCGUCGACUUCGAUGGCCAGAGGCGGCGAACGAAGACCAAGUUCAGAGAUCUCAACCCUGAAUGGGACGAGCAGCUGGAGUUUGUCGUCCACGACAAGGACUCCAUGGCUUCCGAGAUCCUCGAGAUCAAUCUCUACAACGACAAGAAGAACGGGAAGAGAAGCACUUUUCUUGGUAAAGUCAAGAUCGGCGGAAGCACUUUUGUGAACACCGGGGCUGAAGCCCUGGUGUACUAUCCCUUGGAGAAGCGCAGCGUAUUUUCGCAGAUUAAAGGAGAGCUUGGGCUUAAGGUUUACUAUGUUGACGAAGAUCUGCCUACUUCAGAAGCAGCGGCUCCUCCGCCGGCGGAGAGUUUAAAAGAGGAAGAGAAGGUUGAGGAGAAAAAAGAAGACGAGAAGAAGGAAGAGAAAGUUGAGGAGAAGAAAGAAGACGAGAAGAAGGAAGAGAAAGCGGCUGGAGACGAGGAGAAGCCGAAGCCGCCGCCGGAAGAUUCGAAACCUGAAGAGUCUCCGGCGCCGGCUCCGCCAGCAGAGGUGGAGAAUCCUCCUGUUGCUCACAUCGAGAAGUCGAGGCCAGUGAAAGAAAAAGAAGAGGCUGAAAAGCGGCCCGAUCUCGGCCUAAACGAGCUUGACCUCCGGUCUCUGGCCAGCGGUCGGAGCCGCAGCGCGUGCGACCUCGUCCACCGCAUGCCUUUCCUCUACGUACGCGUGGUGAAGGCCAAGCGCGCCAAGCCUGAAUCUGGAUCGUCCGCUUAUGCCAAGCUUGUGAUCGGGACCCACAGUAUCAAAACCAAGAGCCAGAGUGAUAAGGAUUGGGACCAAGUUUUCACAUUCGAUAAAGAGGGCUUGAACUCCACCUCGCUGGAAGUAUCCGUGUGGGCUGAGGAGAAAAAGGAGAAUGACCAGAGCACGGAGAGCUGCUUGGGAACGGUGUCGUUUGAUUUGCAGGAGGUGCCAAAGCGUGUUCCCCCGGAUAGUCCUUUGGCUCCGCAGUGGUACACUUUGGAAUCAGACGAUUCUCCGGGGAAUGACGUCAUGUUGGCGGUCUGGAUCGGGACUCAGGCGGAUGAGGCCUUUCAGGAGGCUUGGCAAUCGGAUUCCGGCGGGUUCAUACCCGAGACCCGAGCCAAGGUGUACCUGUCCCCGAAGCUAUGGUAUCUGAGGCUAACGGUCAUCCAAACCCAAGAUUUGCAGCUACGCUCGCAGGUCGAGCCUAAGGUUCGGAGUCCGGAGCUUUACGUAAAGGCUCAGCUCGGCGCUCAGGUUUUUAAAACGAGUAGGACAUCUGUCGGCUCGUCCUCAUCCAGCUCGGCUAAUCCAACGUGGAAUGAGGAUCUCCUUUUUGUGGCGGCUGAGCCGUUUGAGCCGUUUCUUGUGGUUACUGUUGAAGACGUCACUAAUGGACAGCCUGUGGGGCACGCGAAGGUACACGUGGCAAGCAUCGAGAGGAGAACGGACGAACGAACGGAUCUGAAAUCAAGAUGGUUUAAUCUAGUGGGUGAUGAGAAUCUUCCCUACACUGGGAGGAUACACCUGCGCGUAUGUUUGGAGGGUGGGUAUCACGUGCUGGACGAAGCCGCUCACGUGACCAGCGAUGUUCGAGCCUCAGCCAAACAGCUAGCCAAAGCUCCAAUUGGCUUGCUUGAGGUUGGGAUCCGCGGGGCAAGUAAUUUACUCCCUGUGAAAACCAAAGAUGGUACACGUGGGACAACCGAUGCCUACGUGGUAGCCAAGUAUGGGCCCAAAUGGGUGCGCACCCGUACGAUCCUCGACCGGUUUAAUCCACGAUGGAACGAGCAGUACACGUGGGACGUGUACGACCCUUGCACGGUGCUCACCAUAGGUGUUUUCGACAACGGAAGGUACAAGCGCGAUGAAGCCGGGAAGCCGGGAAAAGAUGUCCGCCUUGGAAAAAUACGUGUACGGCUAUCCACGCUUGAUACAAAUUGGGCGUACAUGAACUCGUACUCCCUCACUGUAUUGCUUCCCGAUGGGGCCAAGAAAAUGGGAGAGAUUGAGAUAGCCGUUAGAUUCUCUUGCUCAUCAUGGUUUAGCCUAAUCCAAGCCUACGCCACCCCAAUGCUUCCCCGGAUGCAUUAUGUUCGUCCAUUGGGUCCAGCCCAGCAGGAUAUUCUGCGCCACACCGCUAUGCGGAUAGUCACGGGUCGGCUGGCGCGGUCCGAGCCACCUUUGGGUCAAGAAGUGGUUCAAUUCUUGUUGGACUCUGACACACACGUGUGGAGCAUGAGGCGGAGCAAGGCCAAUUGGUUUCGGGUCGUGGGUUGCCUUAUACGUGCAGCGACUUUGGCACGUUGGCUGGAUGGGAUUCGCACGUGGGUGCACCCUCCCACAACGGUCUUAGUCCACCUGCUGCUCGUGGCCGUUGUAUUUUGCCCACAUCUAGUGCUCCCCACCAUUUUUAUGUACGCCUUCAUGAUCAUCGUUCUGAGAUUCAGAUAUCGCCAAAGGGCUCCACACAGCAUGGACCCUAGAUUAUCCCACGUGGACUCCGUGGUCCCCGAUGAGCUUGAUGAAGAAUUUGACGGAUUCCCCACCACACGAUCGCCGGAACAGGUUCGUAUUAGGUACGACCGUUUGCGGGCCCUGGCGGGGAGGGCCCAAACCCUGCUUGGCGAUGUGGCGGCACAAGGGGAGCGUUUGGAAGCCUUGUUUAACUGGAGGGACCCACGUGCCACUGGGAUAUUUGCUGUGUUUUGCCUAUUUGCGUCGUUGAUGUUUUAUGCGGUGCCCUUCAAGGCCUUCGUGUUGGGCACGGGAUUCUAUUAUCUGCGACACCCGAGGUUCCGCGACGACAUGCCGUCUGUUCCGCUCAACUUUUUCCGGCGACUACCGUCACUCUCCGAUCAAACUAUGUAGUGCACUUUCUUGGUGAAGUGACUUAGAUGAUUUAUUUUUGUUUAUUUGCUAAAAAGCAUUGCUUUUAUUAUUUAGUAAUUGGGUUUACUUUUCAAUUAAUAAUGAGGGGCAUUAAAGUGAGGAAAACGUUUUUUGUUGGUAUGCCUUAAAGAGUGGAAAAAGCGACCGUUGGUUGUCUA